CGCGGCGUCCAUCCUCCCCGAGGCAGCCUUGUGGCCGGAGAGCGGGAGCGGGGAAAUGGAUGUCCAGGGGCCGCCUGCUGCCCUCUUGGCGCUUCUGCCGCUCGGGCUCCGGGGGUCCUAUAAUUCUGAGCGUAGCCAGCGCGGGUCCUUCGGAGCCACGAGGGUCGCUUGACAGCGCGGCCUUUAAGAAACGAAAAGCAGGCAGGCAAGCCGGCUGUUGGUAGUCGCGUUCGGGCUGCUCCUCGAUCGGAUGAAGCUUUUCCUUACGGACGCAUAGGCUGCAAUUGCAGGCACGCUUACUCUGGAGUAAUACUACUUCGUAUUUGCUAACUUCCACACAUCAUGGAGACAGAACAGAUUAUGGAGAGCCAGCCACAGGUUCCAGAAAAUCCUCAUGCGGAGUAUGGUCUUACAGAGAACGUAGAGCGAAUAGUGGAAAAUGAGAAAGCAAGUGCAGAGAAAACAUCAAAGCAGAAAGUAGAUCUUCAGUCACUACCUACGCGUGCCUAUCUGGACCAGACAGUUGUGCCUAUCUUACUACAAGGUCUUGCAGUACUUGCAAAAGAAAGACCACCAAAUCCUAUUGAAUUCCUUGCAGCAUACCUGUUAAAAAAUAAGGCACAGUUUGAGGACCGAAAUUAAUUUCAUCUUCUGAUGACCAUUUGACUGAUCAGUAUAUAUGCUAAAUAACCAUGAAUCAUUGUCUGAUGUAUAAAUCCUACAAAAACAAAAACAAAA